AAUGGAUUAGCCGGCACCUUUCAUACAUCAACGAAUUAGGACUUCAAAGGUGUCAAAAAUCUGACACUCCAACCGCUCAAUAUUCGAUUAUCGAAAGGUUAGAUCUAAAUGUGACAUGAACACAACUUGGUAGAAUACAUAGGAUUUAAGAGCCCUAUAUAAUCCCUCAUAACUUUUUUAUCUUUUAGAAUUUUCAGAAAACGGGAAUUUAUACGAUUAUGAAAAAGAAAUUCUUUUCUUUCUUUUGUAUGUGAUUUAAGGGCGAUUUAGCUGUUGUUUUUUGCAUAUCAUACGACCAUCUGAUUCUCCCCACAAAGGCGGUGACCUGCAGAAACGUUAGCACGCCGGGCGAAAUGCUUAGCAAUAUUUCGUCUGUCUUUAUGUUCUGAGUACAAAUUCCGUCGAGGUCGACUUUGCCUUUCAUCCUUUCGGGGUUGAUAAAUUAAGUACCAGUUGCGUACUGAGCCGAUCUAAUCGACAGGCACCCUCCCCCAAAAUUUCGAGGCUUGUGCCUGGAGUAGGAAAGAAUGUUUUUCUCCCCAUAAAUACAUUUAAUGCAACGAUGAUGCACCCGAGGGUGGUCCGUUGGUUGGAUAUAAGUAAAAAAAAUUUCCGUAUUUUAAACUGAUUUAGAAAAAAAUUCGGAAAAGAGUGGAAGUUUUAGAAUUUAUGGGUGGUGGGAGGAUUUAAAAAAAAAAUUUUUUUCCCCGUUAUAUAAUCGUAUAAAUUCCAGUGUAUAUAGUACACAAAUUUGCAAACAUUUUCUUAAAAUUUCAAAAGAUGAAAAAAGUUGUAAUAUUCAGAAAUAAUGGAAGAAUAUAAAAAUAAUUUAGGGGAUUUCAUUGUGCAAAUAAGUUUGUGGUAGAUUGUUGCUGAUAGCAUUCUACAUUAUAACAACAAAUUAUUGAGAAAAAAAAAAAAAAUCUCAUAGAACAAGUUUUACUUCAAGUAUCAGUGUCAAAAGUUGGGUCACUCGUCAUAUACUGCUAAGAUCAAGUUUUAAAUUAUUUUACCUAUUAGUGCUUUAUAUUCAAAGUAAACAUACUGGGCAAAUAUUCAAGUAACAUUUGAUAUAAAUUUCCCCCUCAUUAUAUCCUGAAAGGACACUUAAUAUUCCAGUUCAAAUAAUAUCACAUCAUUUUGUUAUUCUUUCUUCGCGCUUGGAUUACAAGUGAAUAUUUACAACCCACUUAUUUAAAACUCGCUUAUUCCUUGAGACAAAAUGUCAUUGAAACAAUUACCAAGUACUUUUCGAAAGCUUGUGGUGAAUCAAUUGUCAAAAAGUUUUCGGGAUGCUGUUUCAAUUAAAGAAGUUCAAAUGCCAAAACCUGCAGCUGGUGAAGUUCUGGUUAAAAACAGAUUUGUUGGAAUUAAUGCAUCAGACAUUAAUUUUACAGCAGGAAAAUAUGACCCAAGUGUAAAGCCACCAUUUGAUUGUGGCUUUGAGGCUCUUGGAGAAAUUGUUGAUAUUGGUGCUGAUACCAAAUUGUCAGUGGGACAAUCUGUGAUGUAUAUGUUACAUGGAGCAUUUGCUGAAUAUAAGAUAGUUUCUGCCAGCAAAGUACUACCUUUACCUUAUUUGGGCUCUGAAUUUUUACCAUUGUUAGUGAGUGGUCUCACUGCCAGCUUAAGUUUGGAUCAGGCUGGUUGCAUUAAAUCAGGUGAAACAGUUCUUGUCACUGCUGCUGCUGGUGGUACUGGACAAUUUGCUGUACAAUGGGCAAAGCAUGUUGGCUGUCAUGUAAUUGGAACAUGUUCAUCUGAUGAAAAAGUUGAAUUUCUAAAGUCUAUAGGAUGCGAUCGUCCAAUUAAUUACAAAAAGGAAUCUGUCAAAGAUGUUUUAAAAACAGAAUUUCCAAAUGGUAUUGACAUAAUAUAUGAAUCUGUUGGAGGUGAAAUGUUCGAGACUUGCCUUAACAGCUUGGCAGUAAAGGGAAGACUAAUCAUAAUUGGAUACAUCACACAGUAUCACUCUGACAAACCAUUAGAAGUAAAGCCUGAUCUUCCACGGAAGUUGUUAACAAAAUCUGCAAGUUUAAAAGGCUUUUUCCUACCUCACUACUUUUCACUUCUUCCUGAAUACAUAAAUAAGUUGAUCACUCUUUUGAUGAAGAAGGAAAUAAAAAGCUUUGUGUUUCCUUCUUCUUUCACUGGACUUGAGAUGAUUCCAGAUGCUGUUGAGUCACUGUACAAACAGGCUGGCCAUGGUAAAAUAGUAGUGGAGCUCAAUGCAGAAAAGUAAUUUCAAAUCAAGUCUUUAUAUUUUCUGUGUGUGCUAGUGAGCACAUAUACAUAGAAUAAAACAAAAAAUUAUACUUUAGUCAUUUCUAUGUAUAUAGUUACUGGUUGUAAAAAUCAAAUAUACUUUUGAAUAAAAAGUUUACAACCAAAUAUGA